AUGUACGCUGGGUUCUUGGAACUGCGAAGAGAGGAGUGGCCUGAGCCCCUCGUGAAGGCAGCUGCGAAGAGGGAAGAUGUCUGUGUGGGAGUCUGGAGGAAGCCCCCCUGGGCCGUGGGGGCUUCCGCCCCUAUCGGUGCAUCUGUAGCAGCAGCAGCAGGAACAGCAGCAGGAGCAGCAGGAAGUCUGAUUGAUGAAGAUUCUCUCGUAGACCCCAAGGAGACGUACACCCCGCUGGGCAAGGGGCGUAGUGACUGCGCGUCUCGCCCUCGUGCAUGUGCAAACUGCACGUGCGGGCGGAAGGAGAUGGAGGAGAAAGCAGAAAAGGAAGCAUUUAAAAAACAACUGGAGACAGGGGCUGUUCGCAGCUCCUGUGGCAAUUGUUACCUGGGCGAUGCCUUCAGAUGCGCAGGCUGUCCUUAUAGAGGGCUCCCCGCCUUUCGCCCUGGGGAGAAGGUGGACCUCUCUGCUGAGGGAAGGGCUGGCGCUGCUGCUGCUUUAGCUGCUGCUGCUGCUGCUGCACAGACACCUGGAGACGCCGCAGCUGCAGGCAUUACAGUGGCGAAAGGCACCAACAAAGUUGUUCUUUCUUCUCUCGAUGAUGACCUUUAA